GCCGCUGCACACACGCUGAGGCCGGCAGCCCCGCCAUGGUGGGGAAAGCGAAGCGUCCGCGGCUGCACCAGGCGGCCCCGAGGCUGACGGGCCCGCGGGACACGGGCAGCCAGGAUGGGGCGGGCGGGACCAGCGGUUGGAGGGCGGAGCCCGGAAAGGACUGGGCUUUUUUGUCCUCUGAUGUCUUUGCUGGAAUGAAGAUUGAUCCCAAAACUCUGGUGAAGAAGUUGGAUUUGGACUCCCGAAGCGUUGUCUCAGCCCAGACAGGUGUAGAAGAAAAAACACUUCUGCCAAAAAGAGAAAAAAUGAAGCUGAGAAAAGAGAGGUGGCUGCAGAAAAUAGAAGGUUUGAAGCUGGCCAGACAGAAGCAAAAAGCUGAGGCAAAGCGGAAAGCGACGCCGGUGGUGGGAGACAUGCAGCCUUUGUUGGAAGCCCUGCCUGAACUCUCCGAACUGACCACGGCCAGCAAGGCCAGGAAGCAGCCCAAGAGCCACAGAAGAGCUAAGGCAGAACCCACCGACUUCAACCAAAUGAAGCCAGCCCAGAAGCGCAAGCUCCUGGAGGAGGAAGUGGCCAGGUUUCACGAGGUCAUCGCAAACCCCGUGUACAAAGCCAAUCCCCUGGCAGCCAUCAGUGAGCAUCUGUGCAAGCGACUGAAAGAGGAGGCAGGAAACACUAUCUGACAAUUCAGCGAGGACUGGAUGAGCCUGGUGCAAAUGAGUCCAGCUAGUCACCACCAACAGCUCCUUGAAAACAGUCCAGCCGGUGAUGAAAUCCAGCGGUCCUGUUCUCUGUCAGCAGGACUAAUGUGAUGCGCUCUGGACAGUGGCAGCUGUUUCUUGGCCAGGAGCCCACAGAAGGCAGCGUGUGUUACGAGUAUCUGUGUGCCCACGUCGCACACGGUGAAAUCUGGACAGCUUCUCCCUCCCUGUUAAAAGGCAUCCUUACGUUUUAUGUUGCGUCUACUCUCAAGGGGUGUUGAACCUGCUUUUUGCUGCUUCCCGUUGGGGUCACCCUUAAUAAAGAGAUCCUCCAGUAACCUGCAGUGAUGGUCCAAACAGUAUGUCACGGAAUACUGGAACUGCAGCGUGCCGACCAUUUGUGUAGAGAUUUAUAUAAAGGUCAGCGCCGCUGUUUAAAGAGACACUUAAUAUGUUAUUAACUUGGAAAUAAACCCACUUUGACAUUGGUCUCAC